AUGGAGGAGAGUACUCUUUUUAGCGACGACUUGCCGCUCCCACCAGUCCGACUUUUCGAACGAUUGGGGCAGUUGCCUGGAUAUACCUGGGACCAGGCGAUCGAACCGUUUCACUCGACAUACAAUCACUGGCAUAUCUCAGGAUACCGCCAUGCCUUAGAACCGGAUGUUUUAACUCCUCUCGCAAAUUCCUCCAAUCCCGCCUCCUCCGGACCGUCGAGCCUCACGCGCUUUUCCCCGCGCACAGAAAUCCGCCCAUCCGCCCGUGCCUUGCGAAGAUUGAGCGCAAGCGAAACCAGUAGUGAGAUUUCACUUUCCAACCACCAUAGCCUAGAAACAGAUCAAACAUGGAUACCGGUCAUCGCGCGAAUCUCAACCAACAUUAUCCGGCUCGAACGAGAGUUUCACAUGCUCAGGUCAAUUGUACAAUCGUCAGAUCCGGAUUGCAAUCAUACAAUACGACCAGUUGACUUGAUCAGGUUACAGCCAGAUGAUGGUCACUCGAAGACACUGCUGGUUGCGAUUUUUGAGUCUCCGGGCCAUGACAGAUUGCGAGAUCUAGUCACAUUUGGUCCUGCCUCAUUUGCGGCAGGGUCCAGAGGUGAGGAUAACAAUGCUACACCCAGUGAGCAGGUCUCACUACAAGCCUUUUUCGAUUUUGCAAUCGGAGCAUGCGAUUGCCUGGAGAUUUUACACUAUGGCCUAAAGACAGUACAUGGCGAAAUCCGAGGUGAUGCGUUCCAUUUUUGUGCAGAGACCGGUGCAGUGAAACUCGCAAACACUGGCAACGGCGCCAGAUCAUUUGAUAACGUUCUCAGCGAGGGCUGGUCCUCUGUUUCGCGCGAGCUUGGAGCAAAGUACAAGCUGCAAUUCAUUGCCCCAGAGCAGACUGGAAGGAUGCCCACAGAGCCGGAUAGUCGCACUGAUAUUUAUGCGCUGGGCCUCUUCUUCUGGUCCAUGCUGGUGGGGAAACUCCCAUUUGAAGGAACCGACCCCGUUGAUGUGGUACAAAAUGUACUAGGCAAGAGAUUGGUGCCAGUAUCUGGGAAACGAAUGGAUAUUCCAGAUGCACUCUCGGCCGUCAUCCAAAAAAUGACCCAAAAGAUAGUCCAUGAUCGCUACCACACAAUUUCAUCUGUGAAGAGAGACUUGACCCAAAUUGCGAAGUUGCUUGGUGAUGGUGACAGUGAAGCAUUGAGCAAUUUCCAAGUUGCGCAAGGAGACGUGUCUUCCUUUUUCACUCUCCCAACGAAGAUGUUCGGCCGGCAACAAGAAUAUGACAAGAUCCUCCAUAUCAUCGAAAAGGUCAAUAAGCGCCAAGCGGCUGCCAUGGCCAAAGCCGGAACCCAAAGUCCCGGCACAAUGCACGCUCUCACAUCGGCUUCGUCCAUCUCUGAAAGCCGUAUUGAAAGCCUGGAGUUUGCUUCUGUCUCUAGCGAUUCUGGCUCCUUUCACCUGCCUCCUCGAUCGUCUUCCAAUGUCACCAGUCAUCAUCUCGCCCAGGUAAACACCCAUGAAUCUGCGCCGGGUAGUGAUACGUCGUUUUCCACUCCGAAGCAUACAAUUGUCCCCGAUGUGUAUGGUCAAAGCCCAGGAGCACCUUCCAGCAGAGUUAAGAGUCCAUCGCAUUCUCGGUCUUCUCAUAAUACAGACCGCGAUAGUCACCCCUCUAUCGGUCCUCCCAGUCAACCAUCAACAAACCACACUGUUAGCCAGUCGGGAUCCCUCCAUUCAUUGAAUAAGCCAAAGAAUAAUGGGAAGUCUCGUCGCAGCGAGCGCUGUGAAGUGAUCACAAUCAGCGGUCCCGCCGGGAUUGGAAAAACAGACCUCUUAAAUCGGAUACAGCCAACAGUUCGCAAACUUGGAUGCAUAGCAAUUACUCGUCUGGACCGAGCCAAACGUGUCCCAUUUGAACCAUUUGCAAAACUAUUGGCCAGUCUGUUACGCCAAAUUUUCUCCGAGCGCGAUGUCACCACAGAUUACCACAAUAAUGUCAGAAUGGCUUUGCGACCCAUGUGGCCUACUCUACACAGAGUUUUGGAUCUUCCCGAGCAGUUGAUGUCCCCUGGCGCGAAAUACAGACCGACUGAAGCAAAGGCCAAUCUUCUCAUGCCGGAUAAGGGUGAGCCAUCAAAGCACGUCAAAAUCCCCGGGCUGGAUCAAGGGCAGACUUCCCAAGACUUCUUUUUGGCAAAUGCUGCCUCGAAGAACAUGCGGCUUAUGGAGACAUUCCUCGAGAUAUUGCGAACGUUGUGUCAUUUCAAAUUGAUCACUAUAUGUCUUGAUGAUCUCGAACACGCAGAUGACGAAACUUUGGACUUGGUAAUGAAAAUCAUCAAAGCAAAGCUCCCCUGUGUCCUCAUACUGUCAAGCCGCAAGGAGGAGAUUCCAUCUGACCAGGUGAGAUCUCUAUUUGCGCAGGAUCUACCAACGAUCACGCGAAUCGCACUCGAGCCCCUUGAAGAGGAGCAUGUCAUGGAGAUUGUAGCGACGACAAUGCACCAGAAACCCGAUCGAACAUUGACACCACUCUGUGCGGUUGUUCAGGAGAAGAGCCGAGGAAACCCCUUCUACGUUCGGGUAAUGCUUGACACUUGUUACAGAACGAACUGCAUUUGGUAUUCAUGGAAGGACUCAAAGUGGUUAUUCGACCUUGAUCGGAUAUUUACGGAGUUUGUGGCUCCUGUCUACGGCGAAGGGCUUGGACUUGGGUUUCUUACCAAGCGUCUUCAGGACAUCCCUCAAGCCGCCCGAUCAAUCAUGGUCUGGGGAUCUCUUUUGGGCAGCCCCUUCUCGUUUUCUCUGGUGCAAAAGCUCUUGACAAGUGAAUUUCUUUAUUCGAGCAAUGACGAUGACGACGUUGAUCUCACAUCACCGCAAAAUGUCACACUUAUCAGGCAAUCAGAGGGUGAUAUAGUUGUUGGAUUGCAGUUUUUGGUCCAAGCGAACCUUUUGAACACGGGAAAGACCGACGAUGAGUUUAGGUUCGGCAAUGAACGACUUGCACAAGCUGCUCUUUCUUUGAGUGAGGGACGAAAUGUAGAAAAUAUGCAUUUCAUCGUUUCACAAGUGUUAAUGAAAUAUUACCACGACCAUCGCAGUCGCUAUUCAAUGGCUCAUCAUGUGGCACUUGCGUCACAGACUAUCAAGUCUCGUGUGGCCAGACGGCUCGAAUAUCGACGGAUCUUAUGGGAUGCCGGACAAACUGCUUUCCAGUCGGGCGCGCGGCCGUCUGCACUUUGGUACUUCCGUCAUUGCAUCGCUUUACUUCAGGAUGAUAUGUGGAAUGACCUCAAACCGGAUGUUUAUUACGAUGAAACCAUGCGGCUAUUUAUCACGACCUCUGAGAUGUCGUGGUCCCAGGGUCACAAUGACGAUGCCCUCCAGUUGAUCAACGAGGUGUUUGUUCAUGGCAAGGACGCCGUAAGCAAGUCGAGAGCCUGGAUCAUUAAAGCCAAAAUCUUUGCUCAGAUAGGCGAUCAUCAUCGCUCGAUGGAAUCGCUUCUCACUUGCCUCGAUGAGCUUGGAGUCCAUCUUCGUCAACCUACAACUUACGAGGAGUGCGAUGCUGCCUAUCUGCGCCUCAAGUCCUAUCUCGAAACUGCCGACAUGAGCUCUAUUGGCCGAAAGCCAGUCUCCAAGGACCCCACUAUAGUGACUAUCGGCGCAGUCAUGGCGGAAGCGAUGACAGUCACGUAUUGGGAUGAUGCAUUGACUUUCUAUCGGAUGGCGCUUGAAGUGAUGAACAUUCAUAUCUUCAAGGGUGGAUUCACACAGAUCGCGAUAGGUUGCUCCCAUCUUGCCAUGAUUUCCUUGGGUCGCUUCAAAGAUACCGAGUUUGGCACGAGACUUAGCGAUCUUUCGCUGGAACUACUCAGCUCUGCCCUGAGUUAUCGACUCAGAGCAGAGGCUCGAUCGUUCACAAUCUCUACGUCAGCCAUUUACGUGUUCCUAUGGCGUCAACACUACCUGCCUUGGAAGCUUCGCUCGAGGCUUCUUUCUCAAUGGGUGACCCAUAUCUCACCCUGA